UGACAUGACUAAAAUAAGGCAAAGGACGGAAGCGAAAGCUAAAUCAAACGAAGAUUCAUGCCAUGGAUCACAGAUCCAGCACAAUAACACUAACAAGAUCACUUCAAGUCGGCCUCAAUCACCAAAACUCGGAAGGAAACCAUCCUACAGCAUGGUGCAGAGUGCAGACUCUAGACCUCCAACGAGGCCUUCCGCAAGUACCGAGAGCUCUAAGAAUGGAUUAAUGAAAAAUAACAGGAUCUUGGGGACCGCAUUGCCAAAGAACAGGCAUGAAAAUGCUUCCCCCAAUAUACAGCUUUCAGUUGGCAAACUGGGUAUUCCAUAUAAUCAUGAAAAUGGCAACCGAAAAUAAUGUUUUUUGUGAGAUAAAAGAUAUCAAAGAGCAGUUUGUAACAUUUUUAGUGGCAAAUUCCACAUCAAUUAUAGGUACAAAUUUGGGAAGAACCUUAGCUAUCUCUCUGCAUAUAAAAUUUUCUGGCUUUUUUACGUACUUUGGAUAAUGUUAGCUGUUUAUAAUAAAUCUAACACCAAG